AUGCUGCUCGCCGCCGACUCGAUAUCUCACAUCCCUUCAUGGGGGUGGGUUUCUCUCGCUGCAGUCCUGGUCUGCGCGUGGGCAGCUAGUUUCCGGUACAAACAGGGUCUCAACAAGUACCCGGGCCCAUUCGUCGCCUCCUUCACUAACUUCUGGCGGCUGUGGCAGUGGGUGUGGUACACGGACCGAUGUGCCUAUCCCAGCGUGGUCAAGUAUGGGAGGAUCAUCCGGGUUGGGCCCAACACGCUGCUGUUCAAUGAUCCGGAGGCCAUCAAGGACAUUUACAUGACCCAUUUCUCAAAGUCCGACUUCUACAAGGUUGGCCAGGGAGUGUCAAAGGGUGUGGCAGUGCCAAACAUCUUCUCUACCACGGAUCGCAUCUACCAUGGCAAGCUGCGCCGCUCCGUGGCCAAUGCCUUCGCCAUGAGCACCCUCGUCAACUAUGAACCCUAUGUGACCGAAACCGUCACCACCUUCCUCGCUCAGCUGGAUCAGAGGUUUGCCGGUAGACCUGGCCCGGACGGCAUCUGUGACAUGUCCGAGUGGACAAAGUUCUUCGCCCUGGACGUGGUCAGCGCCUUGACCAUGGGCAAAGGCUACGGUCUGCUGGAGGCUGGGUAUGAUCACAUCGGUAUCAUCCAUGCCCGGACUACCUUCCUGCGCUACUUUACCAUUGUUAACAAUGUCACUUGGCUCGACCGCGUGCUCAAGAAGAACCCGGUCCUCAUGUGGCUCGGGCGGAGGGGUCUCUGGAACAGCGUAACGGCGACAGUGCCCAUCGCACAGAGACAAAUGGACCAGAAGAAGCGCGACUUCAAGGGCGUCAGCGACAACGAGAAGACGCGCGUGGACCUGCUCACCAAAUUCCUCCAGGCCAAGGUCGACAACCCAGAUAUCGUCGACGACCGCGCCGUGCUGGGGCUCACGCUCUCCAUGGUCAACGCAGGCAGCGGCACCGUGGCCACCACGCUGGCCGCGACAUUCUACUUCCUGCUCAAAUACCCGCAGGUGAUGAAGGAGCUCGUGGCCGAGAUCGACUCGUUCUUCCCGCCCCCCGGUGCCAGCAACGGCGGGGAGAAGAUGGAUUUCGCAGAGUACGUGGUGCCGUUCGCCGAGGCGCAGAAGCUGCCCUUCCUGGACGCCGUGCUCAAGGAGAUCUUCCGCAUCUGGCCGGGCCUGGGCAUGCAGCUGAUCGAGCGGGUCACGCCGCCCGAGGGCGCGCACAUCCUCGGCGAGUACAUCCCCGGCAACAUCAUCGUCAGCUGCAACGCCUGGAUCAUGCACCGCCACAAGCCGACGUACGGCGACGACGUCGAGGUCUUCCGCCCGCAGCGCUGGCUGGACGCCACCCCGGAGCAGCAGGCCGCCAUGAACAAGGCCCUGCUGGUCUGGGGCGCCGGGCCCAACACCUGCAUCGGCAAGAACAUUGCCCUGCUGGAGCUGUACAAGGUGGUGCCUUCAGUUCUGAGGAUGUUCACGCUUGAACUCGCCGACCCAGACAAGGAGUGGAAGAUCUUCAACCUGGGCGAUCCCGAGCCCUCGGAAUUCUUUGUCCGCUGCCAGCCGAGAUAUCGGAAGAUGUUGAUGUAA